CAGGAUGUUGGUGCAAAAGUAGUAUCUUCGGUGCUGCUGUGCCGUGAUCCGCUGUGUCCAACAAAAAAAAGUCACAUGUAUAGGUUCCGCCCCCUUCGCUUGUUUGGUGAGGUGGCAUGCCGGGGUCGCCGCAAGCCGGGAAUUGGAAUGGUCCAGAGCUUCAGCGCAAAAAAAGCAGGCAAAGCAGGAUACCCGGAAGCUUGGGUCGAAACGGCUGAGAAAAAGCUCAAGGGCUCCAAAGUCGAGUCGCUGGAACGCCACACUCCAGAGGGGAUCACGCUCAGGCCUCUCUACUGUGCGGCCGAUUUGGAACGAUGUGAGGCGGUGGCUGACCCCGAACAGGAUGCUCCAGGGCUAUUUCCCUACCACAGAGGACCAUACGCUACCAUGUACACCGCUCGACCGUGGACUGUGCGGCAGUAUGCCGGGUUCAGCACUGCCGAGGAGUCCAACGCGUUCUACAGGCGAAACCUAGCCGCCGGGCAACAGGGACUGAGUGUCGCGUUCGAUCUCGCGACGCACAGAGGCUACGAUUCCGAUCAUCCUCGUGUAACGGGUGACGUGGGCAUGGCUGGUGUACCCAUCGACUCCAUAGAGGACAUGAAGAUCCUCUUCGACGGCAUUCCCUUGGACAAAAUGUCCGUGUCAAUGACGAUGAAUGGCGCCGUGUUGCCAGUGCUCGCAAUGUAUGUGGCGGCAGCCGAAGAGCAAGGCGUAGAGCAGCAUCUCCUGGAGGGCACCAUCCAAAACGACGUCCUAAAGGAGUUCAUGGUGCGCAACACCUUCAUCUAUCCACCGGAACCGUCCAUGCGAAUCAUUGGAGACAUAUUCGGAUACACAUCUGAGCAUAUGCCCAAGUACAACAGCAUCAGUGUAAGCGGCUACCACAUGCAAGAAGCCGGGGCAGACGGAAAGCUGGAACUGGCAUUCACCAUUGCCGACGGUCUGGAAUACCUCCAAAUCGCAAAGGACGCUGGAUUGGACGUGGACAAGGUGGCUCCCCGGCUGUCCUUCUUUUUCUGCAUCGGAAUGAGUUUUUACCUCGAAGUGGCCAAGCUCCGUGCCGCUCGGGUGCUAUGGGCGCGCUUAGUGAAGGAGCGCUUCCAGCCCAAGAACCCGAAGUCGUUGCUCCUCCGAACCCACUGCCAAACCAGCGGAUACUCCCUUACAGAGCAAGACCCGCAUAACAACAUAAUGCGCACGACCGUGGAGGCCAUGGCGGCCGUCUUGGGAGGCACUCAGUCCCUCCAUACCAACUCGUUCGACGAAGCUCUGGGCCUUCCCACGGAAUUCAGCGCUCGUAUUGCCCGGAACACUCAGCUCGUGCUUCAGGAGGAAACCCGCAUUACUCAAGUGGCGGACCCGUGGGGGGGGUCGUACAUGAUGGAGAGCCUCACCGAAGACAUGGUGCAAGCGGCCAAAGACAUCAUCAACGAGGUGGACGAAGCUGGUGGGAUGACGAAAUUCAUCGACAGCGGCGCCGCGAAGCUGCGCAUUGAAGAGGCGGCAACUAGGGCGCAGGCACGCAUCGACUCUGGACAAGACAAGAUCGUGGGAGUCAACUGCCAUCGCGUGGAGGGAGAGUCUGGUGUCGAGGUGCGCUCGGUCGACAACACGGCCGUCAGGGAGCAGCAGGUCCAGCGCUUGCGUAAGUUGAAAGCAGACCGCGAUGACAAUCGCGUUGACGCUGCCCUCGCUGCUCUGCGGGCUAGUGCGGCCAGCACGGAGGUCACUAGCGACGGCAAACAUCCGAUGAACUUGGUUAAGCUCAGCAUCGACGCUGCGAAAGCAAGGUGCACUCUCGGCGAGAUUUCAUCUGCCCUUGAAGAGUCUUGGGGUCGCCACAGACCGUCGACGGCCGUGGUGCGCGGUGCUUACAGCGCUAGCUUCGACGAACCCGACAAGGAGGCGGAGUACAAGGGAGUGCUGGAGCGAGUGGAGGCCUUCGCCGAGGAAGCAGGGCGAAGACCCCGUAUCCUGGUGGCGAAAAUGGGGCAAGACGGACAUGAUCGUGGCGGAAAAGUGAUCGCAAGCUCCUUCUCCGAUCUAGGAUACGACGUCGACGUCGGCCCCCUUUUUCAGACACCAGAGGAGGUAGCCCAGCAGGCGGUCGAUAGUGACGUUCACGGUUUCCUCUCCGAAACGAAAGAGCCGGACGGGAGAGCGGGAAAAAAGUAGAGGCGUAGCACGCGUUCCCCGUCAGGCCCGUCAGGGACAUUUCGUAAGAGUCGUAUCGUAGUGGUGGCAGGAACCUCUCUCUGCGAUCAGGUGGGUUGUGGGUGGGCGGGGGACCCUAAGAAACAGUCAGACACAGCCAGUUUACAUUCUCACAGUCUAUUGCAAGCAAGAACGAAGGGCGAUAGAAAAAGAGACCGCCAGCGACAGGAAACAAAGAAGUAGAGGAGAGCAGAGCUAAGAAACAAGUGAAGAAAUAAGGUAUCCUUGCCGCUUUGACCCACCGGAAGCUUUCCAUGUACUGCAGUAAACAGGAGGGGCAGCACCCACUACCCCACAUCCAGUAGCCGGGUACACGGACUGGGAUUACCCCGAAGAUCCGCACCCGCUGGGCGGUCGAUUGCAGUCGCACAAUCCCAUAGCUCCAAACCACAUACUUCCUCUGUAUCAUAAGUUAGGGUACCUAAAUUCUAACGGGCCCUUAACCGUGUCCGAUCUGUUUUCCGAUUUUUUUGUUGAAAUCUUCGGAGUUUUUUUCACACUAAAAUCAAGACACUUGCGGGACAAAAAGAAGGGUUGGUUGGUGGCGGGGAAAAAAAAGAAAAAAGUCGACUAUUCUUCCUCGUCAUCACUUGGACUCGAUGCCGCCCAGGCGUAAGCCUUGUUCAAAGCCUCCUGAUCGCAUUUUACCACCCUCUCUAACGUUCCCUCCCUCUGCCGCUUGCUCAUCCCGGGUACUAAUAUUAGAUGGUUUUGAGAAUUUUGUCGAGAAUUCUCAAAAAAAUUCCCAAAAUAUUUUCUCAAAAAUAUUCCCAAAACAGGCCAAAAUAGGGUAUAUUUUGACCGAUAUUAGGUACAGAGAUAGAUGUUCGUUUUUUUAUUUCUUUUUUUCUAUCGCUUCGUCUUUGUUAUAUCUUUCGUACAAACCCGACUAUGCUACCAUCACUAACACGGUUGCACCCAGAAAAUCUAUUGCAUUUAGGUACCCUAACUUAUGAUACAGAGGAAGUAUGAGUACUACAGCAGUAGCUCUCGUGAGGAUUACAUAAUCCAUAAUCCACGUCAUGAACACCCUCCCUGAUUCUGUACAUCGUCACUCAUGCUUGUAAAACCAAGUAUCCGGGUACUCAUAGAAAACUCCAAAGAAAAACAAAAUAAACGAAGGGAAACCCGCCAACGGAUCAAAACCCUCCGUCUCCAAGGUCACUCUGCUGAUUGACUUGUCAACCCAAAUCUACGCAGCUUCACCAAAUUGCAAACCUACUCGUUCACAAUUAUCAGGACAUUUUUACUACUCCUUAUCAAGUAGCCCCCUCCCAGCAACUGAUCCUCACUGUAUCAAGUUGCCGUAAGCACCGGGGCGCGUCUACAGCCCCAAGCACCAAUCAAUGUCAAAUCGUCGUGGAGAAGCAAAAGAUCCAACGCUACAUCGUUCUCGCAACGGAAAGGCGUAAAUCGGUGCUACAUCGCUCCCAAAUGACAUCUAAAAGGGCGAUCAACCAAGCGGAAGAUCAAGCAGUAUCCCAACGCAGUUCAUCAGCCAACUUGCUGGUACUCCUACGGGAGACACUGGUGACAGACAAUUUCACUACUCCUUUUUCAAGUAGCCCCCUCCCAGCAACAGAUCCCUACUGUAUCAUGCUGCUGUCAGCUCCGGGGCGCGACCACAGCCCCAAACACCAAAGUCGAUCCAUAACAGAAGAGAAAUCCACGCUUCAUCAUUGCCAUCGUUGGAACAACAUGUAAAAAGGGCAAUCAAUCACAUCGCAGGGAAGGGUGCCCCCCUCGACCUGUACAGCAAUGAAAGAUCAAGCAGCGCCUAUCAAAAGAACAGCUCAUCAACCAACUUGUUGGUACCUGUAUAUACUGUUAACAGACGCUGGUCGUCGAGUCAAUCCCAAAUCGACACGGCAGAAAUUGCAAACCUACGCGUUUACAAGAUCGGACAUUUGUACUACUCCUUAUCAAGUAGCCCCCUCCCAGCAACUGAUCCUCAUUGUAUACAGUUGUAUCAAGCUGCCGUAGGCACUGAGGCACGUCUACAACCCCGAGCACCAUUAUUGCCGAUCUAUCACAUCGGAACAAUAUUUUAAGAGGGUAAUCAACCAAAACGCAGGGAGGAGUGCCCCCCUCGACCUGAGCAGAAGUGGAAGAUCAAAGCAGUGUCUCAAUCACAAACAGCUCAUCAACCUACUCGUUGGUAUCUGCAUAAAAUGAGAGACGCUGGUCGCCAUUCAUCACUCAGGAGGGGUCGUACGUCAUCCCUCCCUGAUUUCAGCCAAAUAACUCAACCACAAGUCGAUAAACAACGGAAAUGCGUCAACUUUCGCACACCGGAACAACUCGGGCUGAAAAACAUUUCCGAUUAUCAUCCAUCAAAUUGGCGUGAUCCGCGGUGCCCCGCAUAUCAUCAAUCCUCAAAAUGAGACAACAACAGGAUGCCACACCAUCAUCAAAUAUUCAUCAUGCAAGGACGCCUCUGCAUCAAUCUACAAGAUUAUCUACUGAGAUGAGCAUGGUAGACUGAACGAGCAACGUCGAGUUUCGUGGAUUGCCUGCGUGUCGGCUCAACACACAAAAGAAAAACAACACACCAACAAGAAAAGAAUCCCACAACCAUAUUCCGUCAGCCACAUCACCGAAUCCGACUCUUCACAGAAAAAAGGCCGCCGACCGAAAAACGCGAAGGGGGGAGGUACGUUGUUGGUGCACAAGGCGGGAACAGAUCGAGAUAUCAUCAGAGGGCAGAGCAUGCGACGUCCAACUCGUCGACGUCCAACUCGACUGCACACACUGCAGUCGCGCCGCCCUUCUCAUAUUUCGAUGGACAGUACUUCACGUUGUGUCCUUUCCCUCCGCACUUCUGGCAACGCUGCUCGGGGCAUUCACUCACAUAGUGGUCCCCAUCACAGAUGUAGCAUUUGACGGAGUUUUUGCCGUUCGCCAAGCACGCCUCUUCAUCCCCCCCACGGCCCAGUUUCGACCGCCGUUUCCCUUUCCCCUUCGCCGCUACUGCUACGAAAGCAUGUUGCGCUCGCCUGUCACUCUUCCCGUUCGUCUCCUCUACCUUCAGUUGUCCAGACCUGGCACGCAACACCCUCAAAAUCUCCUCUUCAUCGAGGGUUUUCUGAGCAAGCAAUUGCUGCUUCUGGACAUCAAAGUCGAUCGAGAGGCCGUCGAGGAAUCGCGUAUAAACGAGCAUUUUGGGGAUGGGCUGGUCGAAUGCCAUCUCUAGGCUGGUCACAAUGGACUUGAAUUCCUGAAAGAAAACGCGAGGGUCCUGCUUCUUCUCUUGUCGGGCGCUGAAAAACUUUCCCAUCAGGGAGAUCUGCUCACCCCCAGUCAACGGGGAAAAAGUCUCUACCAACGCACGCCAUGCUGCUGAGGGCCCCUUACAACCGAACACCAUCAUCUUGGUGGUGUUGUCCGAGAUCGCUCCUGUUAACAUACCCCACAGGUCUCGGUACAUCGAUAUCUCAUCAAACUUCACCCCCUGCCCUACCAUGCCUUCAUCAUCUACCCCUUGGACCACGAUGUCUCUACUGUCAGUCAAAGCACGAUCAAAGCACGAGUCAUCCCGCAAGUUUGCACCUGCGUGGUAAAUUCGUUCUGAAACAUCGGCCAGUUUUUUUCGUGGCCGUCGAAGUUCAACUGCUUCAGGCGUGGGAUUCGAGCGUGGGAGGUCGUGGUGUACCGUGCCCUGUGCUCACUGUUCAUUCCAUCCCGCGAGACGUUCCCCUCAGACGGCGUUGAUUCUUGAGGCACCGGCCCCAGCAGUCCUCCUCUCGCUCCCUCGACUCCUCGUCCAGUGUUCGGCGCCUGGUCCUCCCGACCGGCGCCAGGAGAGGCGUGCAUCCUCUCCCGUGACUCUCCUCCGCCACCCGCAGCCGUACCUGCGGCGGGCGGUGUCUCGGGCACUAACCGAGACAGGGCGUCCAUGAAUCCUUCCAUCUUCUCCGCCAUCAUCUUCUCCAGUCUGGUGCUGGCGUCGCCGACGGCUUCGUCGAUAGCCGUCUUGACCUCAUCACGAGUAGGGGCGGUCCCGCCCGUGCCAGGAACUCCAGCUUCUCCUGUCGACAUCUGUCGGCCUCACUAGGAAAUGAAGAUAACCGUUGCUCUAGAGUGUUGAUUGGUCCCAAGCCCAGUGCUGCUGUACAAGCACGGCUGACCCAGUUGACAGGAUUGGAUAGAU